UCUCUACCCGGACUCUUAUCGUGUGACGCAAAACAACAAUAAUACGGAAGUGGUAGAAAUCAGGUGACGAAGAAAACCAGCUCGCACUAUGGAUGAUCAGGAGAUGCAGCUAAAAGUCCGGCGUGUGAGUGACAAAUUCACAGAGAGUAUGUACGUCCUGGCUAACGAGCCGUCAGUAGCUCUCUACAGGCUGCAGGAGCACGUCAGGAGGUCGCUUCCUGAACUGGUGCAGCACAAGACAGACAUGCAGAGCUGGGAGGAGCAAAGCCAAGGAGCCAUCUACACGGUAGAAUAUGCAUGCAGUGCCAUGAAGAGCAUGACAAACAGCGGUGUGUAUUUCAAAAACAUCGACAGCCUUCUUCGUCAAGCUAUCAGCAUGAAGGAGCAGAUUAGUAAUUCUCAAGGACGCAGGAAACGAACUAUGGACUCAGGCAUGCUGAAGGAAGGAGGUGAGAGGCCCAGCCCUGGGAUGUGACUCUACGUUGUCUGUCCUCCUUCCUUUCUGACUGCAGCUGAAGUGGGGUCAAAGGCCUGACUCCUCCCAUCACAGUGAACCGACUAGCCCACUCCACUAUCACCACAGUAGAAGCCCCUCAGUGAAACCAGCACUGCCAGGUUCAGCAUUAAAAACACUUAAGUCAUGGCUGCUCAAAGCAUGCAUUGUUCUCCCAGGGCGGCGCGCUGCAUCAGAAGGAGAGCAGCAACGCUGUGCUCCCUCCGAUGUUGUACAUUCAAUACCCCAACAACGUUCGGGACCCUAGCUUUAGGUUGUUGUGAGUUCGUCGUCACAGAGGGACGUCUACAAAUCCAGUGGAUGUCAAAUGAUGUAAUAGUGAAUACUGACAAUUAAACAAAAUAGGAGAAAUUUG